AUGGAUACAUCAUAUAACCAAAAGUUUAGAAAUGCCCUACGUUUUGAAAACGAGGAAAACAAUAAAAAUAACAGCAAUACUAAUAUAAAUACUAAUACAAAUAAUAAUACAAAAAAUAUAAAUAAUAGUGAAAGCAACAGUGAUAAUAAUAAUAUAAAUAGUAACAACAACAGCAACAACAACAACAAUAAUAAUAAUAAUAAUAAUAAUAGUGGUGAUAGUAUAAGUAACAAUAACAGUAACAGUGGCAACAGCAAUAAUAAAAACAUAUCAAAUAAUAUAAACUCAACAUAUGGUGUAAAUAAUUUUUUAAAUAAUUUAAAUAAAAUGGAUAAACCAACUUUUAAUUUAGCACCAGUUGUAAAUAUAGAUAUAGAUGAUUUGGGUGAUAAAAUAAAUAGUUUUAAAGUUGUCGAUAAUGCUAUAACGAGCUCAUUAAAUUCGAGUUUAGCAAGUAAUAGUAGUAAUACAAAUAACAUAAGUAAUAGUAAUACAAAUAUAAAUAGUAAUUUAAAUAUUUCAGCUACAAGUAGUGGUAGUGGUAAUAAUAAUAAUAAUAACAAUAAUAAUAGUAAUAAUAAUGGUUCAAAUUUAAUAAAUAAUAGUAGUUAUAAUUUAAAUUCAAGUAGUUCAAAUUAUAGUCAAAGUCGAAUGAAUAGUAGCGGUAAUUUUAAUAUUUUAAAUUCGAGUCUCAAUAGUAAUAAUAGCAGUGAAACUACAUCACCAACAAUGGAUAGUAAAUCCAAAAGAAGAUUUUCAUUAUAUGUUUAUCAACACCCAACUGAUGAACAAAAAAAACAUAUUUCCGAGUUAUAUGGUUACAAAGAACACCAUAGUGAUCAUGGUUAUAAAUAUACUCACGAGUCUGGUUUAGAUACCGAAGAAUCAUCAUCUGAUAGUUAUUCUAUUGAUCAAAAUAAAAGAAAUAGUGCUUCUUUAUCAAGUUCUGGGACUCCUCCAAACAGUAGCACACCAAAGGCAACUUUUACACAAACUAUUUUACCAUCUCAAUCCAAUUUAAAGCUAUCACCGCAACAAUUAAUUCCGCAAUCAAAUAGUUCCCAAUCACCAUCGUCCCAACCACCCAUAGUUCCAACUUCAUUUGUACCACCUCUAUCACAAAAUCAAAAUAAAACAUCAUCGACAACUACAACAACCACAACAGCUCCACAAAAUACAAUUCCAUCAAUAAAUAAAAGUAGUAGUAAUAUACUGACAAAUUAUAAAGAAGAGGUGGCAGCAAAAUUAUUGGAACCAUCAAGCGUAGAUUUAUCACAAAUACCACAAUCUUAUUUUUCGACAAAUUAUAAAGCAACAUCAAAUUAUGCUGGUAAGCCAUCGCAAUACUUGGACGACGAAUAUGAUGAAAAGAAAGCAGCAGCACAACCAAUCCAACCACCAUUAUCGACUGCUAAGGACUGGAAUGCAGAGUUUCAAAAUUUAGUUUAUAACGAAAAAAUUGAAGGUUAUAGAGAAUUAAGCAAAUUGGCUCAUGAUUUUGUAUAUACUGCUAAAAUUUAUGGUAAGGUUAUUAUUUCCGAAUUAACUUUACCAUUACAUUUAAAAACAAUUAAACCAAUUAAUAUUGGUGGUGUUGCUGGUGGUCAUAAAUAUAUUGCAUUAGGUAUAUUGUUUAAAUUAGCCUUAGAUACACAAGGUUUAUAUGUUGGCGAUCAAAAUGCAAUGAAAGCAGCAGGGCACGAAUUAAAGGGUUUAAUGAGUUAUUACAACUGUAGAGUUGAAGGUUUACACCAUCCAUUAAUGGCAUUAAUCGAUUACAGAGGGUACCGUUUGGUUGCAAUGUCGUUAUUACCAAUCAAUUCAGACACAAUCGUAUACGGUAGCAGUGAUGGUGGUAUAUCAGUACAUAAUGCAAAUCAAGAGUUUAAUAAUAAAAUGAUAGAAUCAGCUAAAAUAUUAAAUAUUAAAGGUCAUAUGGUUGGUAAAGAUAUCCAAAAGAAAUUGUAUUCUUGUGGUGAUAUUGAAGGUCAUAUAGGUUCAGAUGAUAAAUUUUAUUUAUUGGAUUUUGCAAGAGUAUUUCCACCACAAAUGAGAUUGUUUGACAAGGGUCCACCAACUCAUUUGUUCGAAUUAACAAGACCAGAGUUAGUAAAAUCAAAUUCAACUCCAUUAUCAUCUGACGCUUUAACUGGUUGGGGUAAAUUUGAUCCAUUAGCUUUAGAACAUAACAAUGAAGUUAAAGAGGCAUCAUUUAGAUUGUUUUUGAAAGUUAUACCCGAGUUAUCAAAUUAUUUAAAUAAUAUAGAAAUGGACAAAAGAGAAAUCCAUUUAACACAGGAAAUUCAUAGAGUUGGUGUUAAUUGUAGACAUUUGGGUUUGGUUAGAAGAAAAGUUAAAUGUAAAUCUAUUAGAAAGUUUUUAUUGGAUGAAAUUAUGGCAAGAACUAUGAAAUCAGAAAUUAUGGCAUUAUUUAGAAGUAAAAUGAAAACCGCAGAUACACCAUCUGAAGAGCCAUUUAAAGAGGUUGUUGUACAAUAUUUAAAUGGUAUUUUUAAAUACGAGCACACUCCAGAGGGUAGAGUUUGGCCAAAGAGUUUAAAGAAGGCUAUAGAAAAGAAAUUCUUUGGUACUUUUCAAAUUAAUGAUUCAAGUAUUAACCAAAUUACUUUUGAACAAAUUCAAGGUAGAAAGUUUGACGAGGAUGCAAUCAAGCGUUAUAUUAAAGGUGCAUCAUAUACCGGAGUCGAGACAAUGUUUGUCGAGAGUGUUGAUAUUCAAGAGGUUAUGAAGCGUUUUAAUCAAUUAACUGGUGUUGGUUUAACCUCAAGAGCUCUAAGAGAGAUUACCAAGAAUGAUGGUGUUCGUUUAGUACAAUCUGAUGUCAAAAGAAUGAAAGCUAAAGUUAAAGCUCAUCAUUUGGUAGAGUUUGCAGAAGGUAUGGUACUUUGGGAUGAAGCUAAAAAAGAGAAAUCAAGAGAAAAUAUUGAAGGUGCUUUUUGUCCAUGUCCUGUUCAACUUAUAAAUGGUGGCGAUGGUGCAGAUAGAAUUACUGAUCGUCUUUUUGGUUUGGCAGAUGAACAUUUCCGUUCGGCCCUUUCAGUAUCACCACAUAGUGCUGAAGUUAGUGCCAAUUGGGCAAUGAUGUUAAUGGAAAGAGCUAGAAUGUCAAGAGAAUGUGUACCACAGGAAGCUGAUUUAUACUAUAACGCUGCAGAAGAGAAAGUUAGAGCUUGUUUAUCCGAUGGUGGUAAACCCAAAAUCGCUCUAGAAAAUGUUUUAUUAGAAUAUUCAGAGUUUCUUUGUAUUUGGGGCACAACUACCGAUCAAACUUUGGAUUUAAAUGAAGCUAAUGGUUUAAAGAGUAAAGUUUUUAGUAGAGCCAGUAAGAAAUUAAAUGAAUGUAUUAGAAUAAAUCCAUCCAAAUUUGCAUUGGUCUUACAAAAAUCAAAAAUUAUUGACAAUCUUUUCCAUCAGUCUAGUUGCUUUAAACAAUCGGCAGCUGUUUAUGCAGCUGUUUGUACCAUUUGUGAUUGUUUAAUUCAAUCUUUUCCAAAUAUACCUAAACAAUAUUUUAAAGAAAUUGCUCAAGUCGUUGUUUCAAAUUUAAACCCAGCCGAGUUAAUGCGAAAAGAUCCAGAGACAUCAGAUAACCCAAUUAUUGCAGAAAACUUUUUUGAAAAAAUUAGAAUCGCCAACGAAAUACCAAUUAAAAAUGUAAUUUCAAUGCGUAAAGACGAAUCUGAAAUCAAGAGACUAUUAGAAGAGAAUCCAUUAGAGAUUUUAAAAGCAGAAAUGGGUGUAAUGUAUUUACGUUAUGGUUACACAUCUCAUGUUUAUGGUAUUCAAUGCUCAAAAAGACCACACACCAAAAUGGCAUCAAUCAAACUAUUUAAUAAAACUGGUGGUCUCUUCCAAAGAGGUAUUGACAUGGACUCCUAUAAUAAAGAAUAUAUGUUGGAUCACAUAAAGAAAUUCACUUCAUCAAGCCAAUUUGUUGAGUUUUACCAAUCAAUAAUAGGUUGUCCAUGUAUUAUGGAAUUUGUAAAAGAUAGAUUAUCAAGAAUAGCUCAUAUGUCACUCAAGGAUUGUAAUCAUUUAUCAAUCGAAUUUGUUGAGGGUGUUAUAGAGUUAUCUCAACGUGUUAAAAUGUUGGUGUUAGAUGGUUGCACCCAAAUUACAAAUGAUACAAUCAAAUUAAUCAUAAAGAAGUUACCUCACUUAGAAACCCUUUCAUUAGCUGGUUGUCAAAAUAUUUCAAUUAUCAUUCCAAACUCCACAUUAAAAGAAUAUCAACAAGAAAGACAUGAAAAACAAGAAAAAGAAAAAUGCGAAAAUAAAAUUUGUUCACUUUUUGAUAAAUCAAGUUCAUUCAGUUCACUAAAUAAAGAAACUGGUGGUAGUGGUGGUAGCAUCAGCAGUAGCGGUGGUAUCAAUCAUUAUCAUCAUUCCGGUAGUAAUAGUGUUGGCCACAGUGCUGGUGCAACUUUAGGCGCUAAUUUAAAUGGUCUCAAUUCUUCAUCUCCACACAGACAUAGCAUUUCUGCUUCAAUUAAUUUAAAUUUACCAAGUUCUUUAAAUGGUAUCUUAUCAUCAACAUCACCACUUUCAUUAUCAGCUUCAUCUUCAUUGGAUUCCUUAUUGAAGCCAUUUAUAUUUUUACAAAACUUAAAUUUGAACGAUUGCAGAGCUAUCAACGAUCACCAACUUAUAAACAUUGCCCAAAUGCAACUACCAUUGGUAAAUGUUUACUUGAAACGUUGUAGUAUAACCGAUCUUUCACUUAUUCAAUUAAUUCAAAACUGUCCAAAACUCUCAAUUUUAGAAUUAUCCGAUACCAAUAUUACAGAUCAAUCAAUUAAUGCCAUCGCAAUUAAUUCAAUUUCGUUAAAAGAGUUAAUAUUGGAUAGAUGUGUUAAUAUCAAUUUCCAAUCAAUCGAGAAAUUGGUAAGAAUUGUUCAUGACAUACGUUUACUCUCUCUUGCAGACUGUCCAUUAGCCGCAAAUGAUAAUACUCUUCGUCUUAUUGGUAAAUAUUGUUCAGGAAUACAGUUUUUAACAUUAUCACGCAACCCAACUAUAACUGAUUCAGGCAUGGUUAGCAUGGCAAAACACACAGUAAAUCUUUUAGAAUUAAAUAUCAAUCAAUGCGUUAAUCUAAGUGAUGCCUCAAUUAAUCAAAUUUCAAUCAGUUGUCAUAAAAUUCGUGUACUUAAAAUGGUUGGUCUUAACAAUGUAACCUCAUUAAAACCAAUUGGAUCUCAUAGUGCCGAGUUAGUACACUUGGAUAUUUCAGAGUGUCAUAAGAUUUCAAAUGGUUUGGGUGCAAUUGCAAAAGGUUGCUCAAAAUUAACUACUUUCAAAUUAAGAAGAUGUUAUGGUUUCAAAGAUGCCUCAUUACUUUCAGAUGAUGGUGAUUUACAUUUAAUGCAACGUUUAACCGUAUUGGAUUGGAGCCAUGUCAAUAUAGAAUUCAAUGCUAUUCACUCUGUUAGUCAUAGUUGUCAAUUUUUAACAAGUUUAAAUAUCUCUUAUUGCAAAAGUUUAAAUGAUAACGCUUUAGAAAGAAUUGCAAACUCUUUGGUAAACAUUAAAAAACUCAAAUUUGAUGGAAUCAUUAAUAUAACGGAUGAUGGUGUUAAAUCAUUAUCAGAUGGUCCAAUAUUCAACACAAUCGAAGUACUCUCUAUGGUUGGUUGUAGAAAAGUAUCUGAUAUCUCUGCUUAUCACAUACUCAGAUUCAAUAAUUUAAGAAAAAUUUCAAUUGGUGGUAGUUUAAUGACAACAAAUGGUGCCGAUUUAAUUGCUUCAAGUUCAUUUGAAUUGGUUAAAAUUCAUGUUAGAAAUUGUUUAAAUAUUAAUGUUAAUCAUUUAAUUGAACAUCACCCACACAUUUUAAUUGAUACAACACAAAAAGAUUAUAAUGUAUUUAUUUAAAAAUAACAAAAAUUAUAAUUAAAAGUAAUUAAAAUAAUAAUAAUAAUAAUUAAAAUAAUAAUAAUAAUAAUAAUGGUUAUAAAUUAAAGUUAUAAUCAUAAAAAAUAAAAAAUUUGUAUAUAU